AUGCCGUCUCCUCCCCACGAUCGGCUAAACGACUCAAUUGGCUCAAUUGACCCCUGGUUGGCCCCCAAGACCAAGUUCCACACCGUCACGGUGCGCUCCGAGCAUUCCAUCAUCACCUGUCUGCAGGUGACCCAAGAUUACAUCAUUGCCGCUUGCGAGACGCCGGAAAUCACCGUGUACAGCAAAACCGGCGUGGUAAUUCGUCGACUCGAUGGUCACUCGGACGGCGUCUGGGCCAUGCAUUUCGCACACAACCUGCUGGCCACAGGCGGCUCGGGCAAAGACUCGGACGUACGGGUAUGGAAGGUGGAGACCGGACGGUGUGUAGCGGUGCUCAAGGGCAAUAAAAAGACGGUGCGGUGCGUGAGGGUGGCUCGCGACGGCAGAGGAAAGCUAAUUGUUGUCAGUGGAGCCCGCGACAAUACCGUACGGGUCUGGGAUCUGUCCACGGCCGAUUCCAGUGGUAGCAGCAACCUGGAGCCCAAACUUCCCUCGGCAACUUUUAGGGGACACAAGGACACGGUACGUUGCCUGGACAGCUACGAAAACACAAUCGUGUCCGGUUCGUAUGACGGGACCGUGCGUGUGUGGUCUCUGGACACCCGUUCAUGUCUCCAUGUUCUGGAUGGUCAUUCGGACCGAGUAUUUGCAGCUAUCAUAGACCCGCAGCGAAAGAGAUGCAUUUCCGCGUCUCGGGACACAACAGCCCGCAUCUGGUCGCUGGAAACAGGCCAGUGUCUGCACAUUCUCAAGGGCCACACUAGCAUAGUCUACAUGGUGGAGUUAACUCCAGACUAUUCGCAUAUUGUGACGGGCUCUUCAGACGGGACACUAAGAGUAUGGGACCCAAGUGGGGCACUAGUUCACACUCUUUCAGGCCACAAAUCGCCCGUUUCUGCCAUGCAAGUGGACAAUGACAAGAUUGUGUCAUCGGCCACCAACAUGACGGUCAAGCUGUGGGAUCUGCAAAAGGGCGAGUUCAUCCGCAAUCUGGUGAGCUUCCCUACGUUCAGCUCCUCGGAGAGCGUGUGGCAUGUGGAUUUCAAUGGUAAUGUGAUUGUGGUUGCGUACUCUCGGGAGGGGGCUUUUCUGGACGUGAUUGAGCGGGUCCCCUAG